GCUGUGAGAGUCUAAGCCGCUCUGCGUCACAACCUCACUGCCCUCCGAGUCUUCGUCAUAGAUUAAUUUCAACUACAAAGCUUCUUUUACAUCCACCUGUCUUUUAUCUCGUUCGUUGGAGACUACUUUCCAGGUCUUCUCUAUACAUCGGUCAACAUCAUGAAGAACUGCUUCCUCGUUGUGCUUCUCUUUUCGUUUGCAGUCGCUGUGACAUCUGCACUCGAUGUCCAGGCUCGCAACCCCACACCGUCAAAGAGAUAUGCGCUCCCCCUUGUCAAUCGGCAGCCAGGACCUUCCAAAGUCCCUAGUAAGCGAUCCUUGGUCAACCGCGCACCCGAUGCGGGGCCCUCUGCAGUUUAUGUUGUUCGUGAGGCUAGUCCACGUCUCGCUGCUCGUCAAGCCUUUCCUUCAAAGUGGCUGUCAACUCGACAGUUGGCUGCUGCACCAGGCCUGUCUAAGCGCGCUGCUGAGAACUCCGCAGCUGCACGAAAGCGCAGCUUAGACGAACAGCACAUCAUGGAGGGUGCUGCGGUUUCUUUCUGUCUCGACGGGCUUGUAGCCUGCCCCGUCUUGAGCACACCUGGGCAAUUCCCUCGCACAUUUGCCGAGUGGGAAGCGAUAGGGUUUGAGUGUGUCGAUUUUGCGGCAGAUCUCAGCUCCUGCGGGGGUUGUUCCAGUCUUGACCCUAUCGAGCAUGAUUGCACGAUGAUCCCACAUGUUGAAGGCGUCGCUUGCGUCGCUGGUGAAUGCCAAGUCUCAUCUUGCCAACCGGGUUAUUCGGUAGAAGGCGAUGGUCUCACAUGUUCGCCAAUUGCAACAGAGUAGGCCUGCAGAUUUAUUGAAUAUCUCUCAUGGAAUUUUCGUUCUUUCUAUGCUAUCUCAACACGUUCUCCUUACAGGACUUCUAUCGGCUAUUCUUGGACUAUUGACGUUGUUGUGCUCCAUACUUCUCGAUCUUACGUUCCCCCACAUGUUUCACGACUUAGCAGAUUAGUUACGACUCUGACGUGUGUCUCCUUCGUUCCUAUCUAGACAUUGGCCACUCGUACCUUUUGCCAUAUAGUUUGCGGACUUUUGUUUUGAUUGCUACUUGGUUGAGCUUCAAAGAAAAAUACGUUGCGGACUGCUUCAAAUGACCGGAUCACCGGGAACCCAUUUUUAGGGCAGAAUCCUGUAAAUUGUCUAG